UAGAGGCAGUGUGCACCCCAGCCCUGAGAGUAGCACCGCCAAGCGCAUUCCCGGGGAACUACACUCUGCAUCUCAGCAUCAGGCUGCCACAGCUUUGAACUUUUUCUAUGGCUGAUUCUGACCCUGGUGAAAGAAACUAUGAAAACAUGCUGAAAAUGCUGUCAGACCUGAAUAAAGACUUGGAAAAGCUAUUGGAAGAGAUGGAAAAAAUCUCAGUGCAGGCCACGUGGAUGGCCUACGACAUGGUGGUGAUGCGCACCAACCCCACACUGGCGGAGUCCAUGCGGCGGCUGGAGGACGCCUUCCUCAACUGCAAGGAGGAGGUGGAGAAGAACUGGCAGGAGCUGCUCGACGAGACCAAGCGAGCGCAGGAGGCCCGCCCGCCCCACACGGCCCGAGCAGCCUUGGCAGAGUAG